GGGGCGAGUGGGAGUCUGAUGGACAGUCUCCUCCGUCGUAUGGAGCAGUAUGCCAACAACCUUGAGAAGCUGGUGGAUGAGAAGACCAUUGAAUUGCAGGAGGAGAAGAAGAAGUCGGAAGAACUCCUCUACCAGAUACUGCCAAGAUCAGUAGCAAACAGUCUACGCCAAGGCUUUAGAGUCGAUCCCGAGGACUUCGAGAAUGUCACCAUCUACUUCAGUGACGUCUGCGGCUUCACAACCAUCUCCGCCAUGUCAACACCCUUCCAGGUGGUUGACCUUCUCAACGAUCUCUACACUUGUUUCGAUGCCAUUAUCGACAGAUUUGAUGUCUAUAAGGUAGAAACAAUCGGCGAUGCCUACAUGGUAGUUUCGGGACUUCCACAAAAGAACGGAAAUCGACACGUCUCAGAGAUUGCCCGGAUGUCACUGGCUUUGCUGAAAGAGGUCGACAUGUUCAAAAUUCGACACUUGCCAGACGAAAGGCUCUUGUUGCGCAUUGGCUUGCACUCAGGACCCGUUGUUGCUGGAGUCGUCGGUCUGAAGAUGCCCCGGUACUGCCUCUUCGGUGAUACAGUAAAUACUGCCUCCCGGAUGGAAUCUCAUGGGGAAGAACUGAAGAUUCACAUUAGUGGAAGCACAGCGGGCCUUUUGGGGAGGUUCGACAUGUUCAACCUGAAGUCAAGAGGAUCUGUUGAGAUAAAAGGCAAGGGACUAAUGGAGACAUACUGGCUGCUCGGAGUGACCAACUGACGCAGUCCCUGAUGAACUAUUUCGUUGUCUCUGUGCCUAGACUUGUCCUGUAAUGCAGCUACUCUAUAGAUUACCCGUUCACGAAUAUCCAGGCGACAUAUGAAACGUACUAGUAUUCAUAUUGAAGGAACAUUUUUAAGUGGUGUCUCUCUAUCACGAUACGCCAACUGCAGCUGGCUAUACUGACAAAACUUGCCUAGGAACAAACUGUUAUAUUUUGUCUAGCAAUGGCAUCCUAUACUUCAAAUACAACAGCUUUAGCCUUGAAUCAAUUGAAACGUCUUGAAAUUACCCUGCCCACCAGUAGCUACAUACUCUGAUGUGUGUGUGCUGUAGCCGUCCACUAACCAGUUGCUACACUCUACUAACCGCCCACCCACUAGUAGCUACACCCUACUAACCGUCAACCCACCAGUAGCUACAUACUCUGAUGUGUGUGUGUGCUGUAGCCGUCCACUAACCAGUUGCUACACUCUACUAACCGCCCAC